AUGGAGCCGAGAGCCCACAUCAGCACCCAGCGAUUUCGCCGCGCCGGCGACUCUCUCCAACGAGCCCCCGCCCAACGGGAAGAAGCACACAUGGUCGACCACGCCGAGCCGCGGGUGGGACCCGCAGUGCCUCUCGAGGUCGAUGGCCUCCAAAGCGGCUCGCACCAUCUCGAAAGCCGCGCCCUUCAGCGGAGCUGGAUCCGAGACCAGCGUGUACCCGACCCGGUUGUAGAUGGCGUCCUCGAACUUGUUGACGAUUGGGGCGUCGGAGAAAAGCUUGGCGGCUCGCUCGAUGGAGUCCAGCGCGGCUUUGUUCCGGCUUUCGGAGAUAAAAAAUGUGAAAUGCAAACUAGUGACUGCAUUAAAUCAAACAAGAGAACAUCCAAGAACGAGAAGAAGAUUAUGUAG